AUUCUCUCUUGUUAAAGUUAUUUUUAUAUAUUAAGGAAUCUGAUGUUCAGGCAGCCUUUGAUGAUCUGGUUCAAGCAGAGAUCCUGAGUAUGAAACUACAGUCUCUCAAUGACUCUCUCAGACACCAUACUUCUCAGCUUUAGCUUCACAGGUGUACACCUGAUCCAUCACCCUCGGCACGAGACAUCUGGAAUAAUGUUGUUAACUUCCUCAGGUGACCUGUGUACUUACCUUCUCCACUACAUAUACAUCUGACACUUUAAUCUGGAACCAUGAUUAUUGUCAGAGAUGGAUCAAAGUAAUCUCUCUCUCUCUCUUUUGUUUUCUUUCCUUCUUAUCUCUUGUCAGGCAUUGACUGUUUUUCAGCCAUAAUAAUGAGCUGUAAUGAGGUAUGUGUGCUCUGAAACACUAACUGUUGCAGGUGAUAGUAAACAGCUGUGUACUUAAGGUCAAUGUUGUCCAUGCAACAUAGAAGUACAUGAAACUGAAUUCAACAAAAUUGACAAUGGCCAUCAAACGGAUAUACAGACCCCUUAAAAGAAAGUGUGAAGUUGUCAAAGCAGUGACAUGAGUGAAAUGGAACCGGAAAUGGCAAACCAAAAAUGUUUUUAUUUUUUUCAAUUGGGACCCUCUUUUGAGCUAAAGUAAAUGUCCUUGACAUUUAAUGAUAACCUUUAACAAGUUAAAGGAUUAGUUUAAGUCUGCUGAAGUCUGAACACUAAAUUGUGUGUAUAGUAUUCAAUGCUUUGAUGUACUGAAAGUUCUGUGUUUUUUGUUUUUCCAUGCCCAUGCCAAGGGGUUGUGAACCGGAAAGACAUUUCAUUGUAAGAAUUGGCAUGAUUUAUUUUUCCUUUUUUGACUGCAUGAUGAUAUCAGAUGGUCCAAUGUAGCUUUGUCGGUCCUGUUUGCAUCUUGUUUCAAUAUUUUGUAAAGUCCCCUGCAAUGAGCUGUAUGCUUUUUUUUAUUUUCAUCCCAGUCCUACAAUUCAAUUGCAUACUUAGUUUUUUAGCUUUUAUCAGCUGAUGCCUGCUUGAGGCUUCCCUUUUUGCUUUGAACUGAACAAAAACAAUCCUGCAUGCUUUUGUGUUGUCUUUUGAGAUCAAUCCCCCCCUACAAGUAGUUCUCGAGCUUAUUUCAAACUGGGGUUCACAGGAAUAGACUCCUUUGAUUUCUACUGACUGCCGUCUUUCCAGGUCAUACCAAAUUACUUUUGGUGGAUAUUAUUGAAGGACAUUGAUUGUUCAUGAACACAUCUGUGGAUCUCAUUCAAGAAAGCACACUUGUUUGAUGAGGGAUCUAUCGCUGUCGAGUGACCAAUGGCCUUUGAAGGAAUUCUGCUCUGGUUAUUACUGGCCACUGUGAACUUUAAAUUAUCUCUUUAUUAAGAAGAACUGAAAGUCUGUGUUGUUCUCGCAACACUUAGUUGACUGCAUCAAGUAGCUUGAUUUUUGCACAGAAUCUAAAUCAAAGCUCACUGAGGAAUACUAAGGAUCCUCUGCAUUGGAGGUUACAAAACUGUAUUUGUUCAUCAUGGGAGCGGCGCGUGUUAAACGCCGUUUCAGUGCAGUGGUGGACGGGCCAGUAGAGGAAGAGGAGGUCAUGAGGCUGGCACAGAGUGCUGCAGACACGGCUAGGGCAGGGGGGAGCCCAACAGGGUCAGGAACCCCAAGCAGCCCCUCCCCGACCCAUGCCCUGAAUGGCAAAACUCUACCGCUCCAGAGCAACACCAACAAUGCACGAAGGCAGAGUGCUAUUGGAGAGUCAGUUGGGGGAGAUGCAGGAGAAGGCGGGGUGAGAGCAGGAGGAAUGUGCUCUGAGAUACGGAGUGGAAGAGGCAAUAAUGUAGGAGGAAGAGGGAAAAGCCGGUCAUCAUCGGAUCAGGGGUCUCUCUCUUCCCCCUCCACUACCAGCCGCCGGCGCAACAGGCGCUCAGGCCGCCGGCCCCGGCAACGCUUUGUGGGCAAGGACGGACGCUGCAACGUCACCUUCGUCAACAUGAGCGAGAGGGGCCAGCGUUACCUCAGCGACCUUUUUACCACCUGUGUGGACAUUCGCUGGCGCUGGAUGCUGGUCAUCUUCACCCUCUCCUUUCUUCUCUCCUGGCUGCUCUUUGGAUUUGCUUUCUGGCUCAUUGCCUCCGCGCAUGGGGACUUCUCCAUCCGGCUUACCCCAAGCUCAGGAUCCUCUCCGGAGUCAGGAGAGGCAGAGUCUGGUGUAGAGUCUAAUAGAAAGGCAGUGGUUGAGGAGCCCUGCUUCCUCCAGGUGAACAGCUUCAUGGCGGCCUUUUUAUUCUCGUUAGAGACACAGACAUCCAUCGGUUACGGAUUUAGAAGCGUGACUGAAGAAUGUCCCCUGGCGGUGAUGGCGGUCGUUUUGCAGUGCAUUGUGGGCUGCAUUAUUGACGCCUUCAUCAUCGGGGCAGUCAUGGCAAAGAUUGCCAAGCCCAAGAAGCGCAACGAGACAUUGGUGUUCUCUGACACAGCUGUCGUGGCGCUAAGGGACGGAAAGCUCUGCAUGAUGUGGAGAGUUGGAAACCUACGCAAGAGCCACCUGGUAGAGGCACAUGUACGAGCACAACUGCUGAAGUCUAGAGUGACAGAAGAGGGAGAGUUCCUCCCACUGGACAAUGCCGACAUCAAUGUGGGUUUUGACACUGGAACAGACCGCAUCUUCUUGGUCUCUCCAGUGACAAUUGUCCAUGAAAUCAACGAUGAAUCACCCUUCUUCGAAAUCGACCGAAAGACCUUGGAGAAUGACUCCGAGUUGGAGGUGGUGGUCAUACUCGAGGGCAUGGUGGAGGCCACUGCCAUGACUACACAGUGCCGUAGCUCCUAUCUGGCUUCUGAAAUCCUCUGGGGACAUCGAUUUGAACCAGUGCUCUUCGAGAGGAAAGACUGCUACCAGGUGGACUACUCGUUCUUCCAUCGAACUUAUGAAAUUCCAAACACACCAUCAUGCAGCGCUAAAGAGCUGGCUGAGCAGAAAUACAUUGAAAGCUCACACUCAUCAUUCUGCUAUGAGAAUGAAGUGGCUUUGGAACUUGUGUCCCCUAAUGAAGGGCCUGACCAAGAUCCUGAGAGGCCUUCCCCACCAACACGAAAACCCUCCCUGGCAGAUCAUCUCCACUACAACUGAAAGUGGGGGGAGGAGGCUUUAAGAGAAAAGAGAUAUGAAGUUAAUCAGUUAAGCUGACAGACAGGCAUAAAGAGAGGGAUAGAAAGGUAGGAAAGGGCUGACAGAGAGACAGGUUUAAAAAAUGGGUAGUGCAUGACUAUGCCAGUGUCAGGAUUAAGGACAGGAAGACGUUAACUGUGAUUAUAGCAAAAAAAAAAGAGAAAAUUGGGAGCAAGUCAAGAGAUGAAGUAGAAUGUUAGAACGUGUGCAAGAUCUAAAUGAGUAUCACAAUACAGAUUAGACUGCACGGAGUAAUAGACAGGAGAUAGAUUAACAGAGGAAGGUUCUGGGUCAGUCUAAAGGGGGGAGUUGUCUGAUUGGUCCUGGCAAUCUUUCAGAAUCAUUGAAAACUCGUCUGCUAAGUCUCACAUCUGGCCCGUCUCCACCACAGCAUGCCCUUCUAUCUCCAAUGCCUGACUCGCAGAAUCACAACAGCACCCCUUGGUGACUAUAACCUGCAACUACACCUUCAGUCUCCUGAUCUGCAGACAUUUUUUAAGGGGAGCUCGGGGGAGCUUCUGUAUGAAAUGAAUCGUUUUGUACCUUCUGAGGUAUAGCUCAGGAAUGUAUUCCACUCUGAUUUAUCAUUUUAAUGCUUUAUUUUCUUAUGGUAAGUAUGGACAGUGCACAUUAUUUUGAUACUUGUGGAUGGCUAAUGAGAAUGUAGUUAGUCAUUAUUUUGUUAGGCUACUUAAAGAGCCAAAAUAGAGCAACAGUAACAUGAAGUAACAGCUGAAAACUAGCAGCGGUUUUAAGCGGUUUGUCUUCCAUGUUAUGUGUUGUAUGUUGUUGUUUUUUGGCUUUUAAGUAAAACAAAAAAUGUUCACAUAUUUUAACACCUGCAGUAACAUGUUGUGUUGAGUUGAAUAGCACAUGGUCAAAGAAAACAUUGUACACUUGGUAGUGUGAGUCAUUUUCAAACCACUGCAGAUGAAGAAUGUUGUGUUCGGACAAGUCAAUUUCCAUAUAUUGUUUUCUGUGCUACAAUCUAAAGUAGCUUCUCUUGUUCUGUUGCUGAAAUCAUUCUAACUCUUUUUUUUUUUUUUUACAUUUGGAUACUAGCAAUUAGGACCUGAGCUAUAAUAUUUAAGUGUCUUGGCAGUGUAAAGGCUCUUGACAUUAUGAACUGAUUUCAGGGCAGUGGGGUUCGGCUCAUAAACUUUGUUAAAGCGGUGGAGGACUUUAGUCACCUCCAGCAUCACCAGA